AUGUCAAUGGGUAAGCCGUGGAGUAACCCAAUGGGCAAGGCUACAAGGGAAUCUGAUAAUCUUGGUCCCAACAAAGUCAAUAAGGAACUGUUCUACAUGUGUUACCAUGUAACAUUGGGGCAAUCGGGAAAGUAUUUCUGGUGCUGUAGAGAAACUUUGGGGAAGCUACAGGCUAGUUUGAAAGAUGAUAGUGAUCUGAUUGUGGUGGGAAUCAGCUCCCAACAGGAGACUGAGAGGUUUACAACACCAGAGACAGACCAAACCUGUACAAUAGAGCGGCUGGACGCCAAUAUCGGCCCUAUUUUAGGAGUAUGGAAUACUCAUCUCGACACAUUUUGGCCAUCAAAAGAUGUGCAAGCACAUGAAGUUCCGCAAUCCUUUCGUAGUCGGCUCAUCCGCUAG